AUGCUGCUGUGGCUGACCCUCGCCCUCCUGUGGAGCCCCACCUGCUGGGCACAGCAGUUGUAUGGGUCCGGAGGAGGCUCGUAUUUCAGUACCUCCAAAGACAAUGAAAAUAAUAUCACUGCGAUUCGAGUGUCUAUAGGUGUGUUUGGCAUAUUUAAGAGUAUCCAGGUGAGGUUCGGGUCCGCCUGGAGUGAAAGAUAUGGAGCACCAGGUGGGACGACCCAGGAAUUCAUCCUGCAACCAGGUGAAAACAUUGUAGGCAUCUACGGCUCCUACAGGCUUUUCCUCCGGUACCUGGUCCUAUACACCAACUUUGGGAACUUGGCCAUAUUUGGAGAGGAAGGUGGCAAGACCUUUUAUGUCUACCCUGAUGACAGUAAUAAGGUGCUCACUGGAAUCUUUGGGCAUUAUAGGCUCCUGGGCAUUUCCAGUAUCGGCUUUGAGUGGGAUUACCCUGUACCCAGGGUUCUGUGCAUCUUGGGUAUUUCAGAGCAAACAUCGGUCACGGAGUAG